AUGGCAUCAGAAAAUAAUACACGAAUUUCAGGAUUCCUUCUCCUGGGAUUCUCAGAGGUCCCAGCACUGCAGCCUCUCAUCUUUGGGAUCUUCCUCUCCAUGUACCUGGUCACCAUAAGUGGGAACCUGCUCAUCGUCCUGGCCAUCCUCUCAGCCUCCCACCUCCACACGCCCAUGUACUUCUUCCUCGCCAACCUGUCCUUGGUGGACGUCUGCUUCACCUCCACCACCGUCCCCAAGAUGCUGGUGAACAUCCAGACGCAGAGCCAAGCCAUCAGCUAUGCAGGCUGCAUCACACAAAUGUUCUUUUUGUUGCUUUUUGCAGGAUUAGAUGAUUGUCUCCUGACUGUGAUGGCCUAUGACCGGUUUGUGGCCAUCUGUCACCCCCUACACUACACGGUCAUCAUGCACCCCCGGCUCUGUGUGCAGCUGGUUGUGGUCUCUGUCUGCAUCAGCACUUUGCAUUCCCUGUUACAAAGCUUCAUGGUGCUGCGGCUGAGUUUCUGUGCAAACCUGGAAAUCCCACACUUCUUCUGUGAGUUGAACCAGGUGGUCCACAGCGCCUGUUCUGACACUUUGAUUAAUGAUGUGGUCAUCUAUAUCGCAGCUGUCCUAUUGGCUCUUGGCCCCCUGGCUGGGAUCCUGUACUCCUACUCUAAGAUUGUCUCCUCCAUCCGGGCCAUCUCCUCAGCUCAGGGCAAGUAUAAAGCCUUUUCCACCUGUGCCUCCCACCUCUCUGUCGUCUCCUUAUUUUAUGGCACCUGCUUGGGUGUGUACCUUAGUUCUGCCAUUACCCAAAACCCACACUCCACUGCCAUGGCCUCGGUGAUGUACACGGUGGUCACCCCCAUGCUGAACCCCUUUAUCUACAGCCUGAGGAAUAAGGACAUCAAAAGGGCCCUGAAGAGACUCUUUGAGAGGGACACUGUCAAUGAGCCCAUUGUCCUGGGACUCAAGACAUCCCCGUGA